UUGGCGCUAAAGAAAUUACCCAAGGUAUUCCGAAUGCCGGGCAACUGUUGUAAACAAGAUGGAAGAUGUUACCCUGUGUUGGCAGGUGGCAAGAGGGAUAAAUUCACAUUAAGCUUCCGGAUAACAAAGGCCGAAAUAUAGGCUAAAACAAAGGAUCAUACAAAUGAAUAGCGACUAAAUGACUUUUAAUAAGGACUUACUGUGAAUAUGGUUUAUGAAAGCAGAAAGAAUACUUCGCCAUCGAAGUUACUGGCAAUUGAUCCAUAUAAAAAGAACGCCUAUUCCCAGAAUGUGACCUUUGACAUCCGUCACCUGGACAAAACCCCUGCCAUAGAGAAUGUGGUGGUCAGUGCGUCAGAGGAUGGCUAUAACCCAGAGGUCAGCGCCAAAAAGACGCAGGCCAAGGACUGGGAGCUGGACGUCCGAUCCCUUAUCUCCUCCAAGAAGUGGCUGCAGAAUUACGGCCUGAAGAAAAACCGCCUGACCUUCUUCCAGAUUUUACCUGUUAUCGGAUUCAAACAUAGUGAUGAUUUUGACAGAGUUCUCAAAAGACCAAUUUCAUCACGAUAUGGAACAGGACUAUUCAGCACAUUGUUUCAUCCAGGAGAAGGGAAAACAUUCAAUAUAACAUGUGGAAGAGAAAUGUUAAAACAGAUAGAGGGAAGGUUAACCCAGGCCAUCAACUUAUUUAACAGGAGACUGGAAUGGCUGACUACAGAGAGUAGACGGUUAUUUGGAGUCAUAGAAGAGAAAGCCAUCACUAUAGUCCUAGACAUCCGCAAUAUGUCUCCCCAGCAGUUUGACCAGUACAGAAUAGCCCUAGAAACUGUCAUUUAUGAACAAUUAACACAAAUUUCCAAGUUUAAUCUUAUUAGGUCAGCAGAUGAUAUGCAGUUGUAUCAUCCAGAAUGUGUCCCUGUGACCCAUGAUACAAUACAGGGGGCUGUUGAUUGGUUGUGGGACUUGGACAGACUCGCCUCCGUAUCCAAAACAGCCACUGCCGAGGCCGUGCUUAAAGCCAUGAUGGAUCAACAUAAUGAAGCAGUAUAUUUGUUCACAGAGGGCAAUUCCAUUGACUCCUGCAAGGAAAUAUUAAAAGAAAAGGUGCAAGCUUGUCCAAGGAAGAUUCCUCUACAUCUGGUGUCCUAUAAUUGUGAAUCCUCAGAUAUUGUUAGGUUUCUGCGGGAAUUUGCCAGAGGAAUUGGAUCAAAAUUCCAUGCAUAUGCAGUCAUCAUGGAAAUGGAUGCAUAUGAAGGACAGCCUUUAGAUCCUAAAACAAAUAAAGCCAACAUUGUGCUGAAGAAGAAAACUUUUGGGGGUGUUCCUCCUGGGGCAGGGAUGAGGGAGGAUGUGAUGCUGAUUUUUGAGGAAUUGGAGGAGGCCAGAAAUGUCCGUUCACAGAUACAAGCCCUCACAGAAACUGUCCCUGAGCCAAAGAUUCAAAUUGAGUCCAAAAUCAGUAAGUGGGACUGCGAAAAUGUUGAAGAACAAUAUAUGGGAACAAAAGAAUGGCUGAAGAGGUAUGGACUGAGUGCUCGGAGACUGGAACUGUUUGAUGUGUUGGCAUCUGUAGCUUUCAAACACCAGGAUGGAGCUGUGGAUAUCAAUAUGAAACCAGGGGAAAAUACUCAAACUGAUGCUAUAAAACAUACCAAGCUAGUGAAUGCUAGAUACUGUGAUAGAUUCCCCAUUGUAAAGUGGAAAGAUGGCAGAGUGGUUCAUGUUCAAGUCACACCAGAACUUCACAGAGAAUAUGAAAGAAGGAUGACUGUUGCCCUAAACUCUUUUCAUCAAAGAAUUGACUGGCUGAACAAGGGAAGCAGAGCUCUGUUUGGAACUGUGAUAGAAGAUCAGAUUUAUAUCCUUAUAGACACCUCGGCAUCCAUGUUACCCAGCAUUCAAUAUCUCAAGGAUAAACUCUUCCUUCUUAUGCAGGAACAAAUACGACACAAGAAGAAGUUUAAUCUGAUUUCCUACAACUCUAAAGCCACGGCCUGGCAGAAUCGCUUGGUGGAUAUAUCAGAGCUGAGUCUUAAGGGAGCAUGGAAGUGGAUCCAGGGUUUGUCAUGCUGGGGUUCCACUAAUACUUAUGCUGCUCUACAGCAUGCUUUGUCUGACCCUGGCACUCAGGCUAUAUACCUGCUCACUGACGGAAGGCCAGACCAGCCACCUAAAUCCAUCAUUGCUCAAGUUCAGAUGCAUCACUCUGUUCCUGUCCAUGCUAUAUCCUUUAACUGUAAUGAUAAAGAGGCAAAUGAGUUCUUGUUUGACCUUGCUAAAGCCACAGGAGGACGUUAUCAUUACUUCUCAGAGAAAGGCAAGGACCCAGACCAGCCAGAGUCAUGGGAGAGUGAAGAUAUCCGCCAUAUCAAAGAGGAGAUCCAGAGAGGACUAGAGGCCUUAGACAAGGUGGAGGAACUGAGAGAUGAAUGUUCCAAUCUGUCUUACAAAAAGGAAGUAUCCGAGAUGAAAAAAUGCAGCAGAGAUCAUGUGCUAUCCAACACUGACAGAAACUCAGCAGUCCCUCCACUGGACACCAAAGACCUGUACAGAUCCCCCUCUCCUCCCCCCAGACCAAAGAGUGCCCCUCCGGUCCAGUCCCUCAGGCACACUCCUACUCCUCCUAAAACUGCUAGACAUUCAGAGCCCUCAGAUCUUCACCCUACCCCCUCCUCUGGGCGACCACAGACUGCCAGAGUCCGGUCUGCUAGACCCCAGAGUUCCAAGUCAGCAUCCUCCAGAAAUGCUCUCAGUGCCAAUGAAAAUCAGCUGUCUAUAAGACAUUUAAGAUCAGUUUAUAAAAGAAAAAUGAACCGUCAUAUUGGUCACACUAAAACCAGCAUGCUACGCACUUUGAACAGCAGUGGACGUUUUUCACCCAACGAAUGGCUUUUGCCAGAAACCAGAGCCUUGUUUGAAAAGCAAGCUGAGAAACAAAGACAAUUGGCCAUAGUUUUACAGAGAUUCAAUAUGUCCCCCUACGUGGUGGAUCCCAAUGAGGCAGAAAAAGAUCAGACUAAACGACAAAAGGUUAAGAGAGUUAUUAGGUCCAAGGAAAUGUCAUCCAAGAUGUGGCUGAGUAAAAAUGGACUUGUGGCCAAGAAACUGACCAUACUUGACGCCCUGUCACCAACAAUGGUCCCCCACAAAACCAAAUACGUACCCAUUCUGGAUAAACAUGUUGUGGCCAAAGUCUUUGAUGAAAUAUUGCCUGUAGCCCAUGUGUCUAGCAGGUCAAAACAACAGAUAACUUUGGUCAAUCCUAUUGCUGUGGAUCUAGAAGGCUACAAAAAGAAAGUGAGGAAAUGUGUAGACCAGUACAGAGCGAGAUUGAAUAGAAUUGUGUGGAAUGCAUUGCCUGAAUCUGCAAAAGCUGAAUUUGAUUCAGUGGAACCUGUAUCAUUUGAAGACAACAAACUAAAAUUAAUGAAAGCCCUAGACAAUGCUGGCUGUCCAGUCAGAGAACAAGACAUACUGCUACUGGAAAAAGAAAUUAAAAGAGGAGAGAAGUACAUCGAGCAGGCAGAAGACUUACGCCGAGCCUCUGAUCCCAACAGACAGGAGAGUUUUGAUGACUUGGUGAGAAACCGCAGCAGACACAGCAGCAGAAGUUCUUCUUCCAGGAGCAGCAGAAGUAGCAGGCACAGCAGCGCUAGCAGCAGAAGCAGCAGGAGCAGCAGGGGGAGUAGGAGCAGGCGAUCCCGUAGUGAGAGUCCCAGAAGUCCUAGGAGUAGGACUCCCAGCAGAAGUCCUAGUCCUGCCAGGAGUAACAAGGAUGAGGAUGAACUGAAUGUGUACGAUGAUAAAGCUAGCAUUGCAUCCAGUUUGACUGUGAACUCCAACCCCGAUGAAGAGGGCCAUAGAAGUCACAACUGCCUUGACAGAAAACCAGUCAAACUCCGGAACCAACUUCUGAUGGAUCAGGAGAAGGAACUACCACAGAACAUCAUACGCCGCGUCCUUGACACACUGAAAGGUCAGUCCGUGGUGGCCAGGAGGGACUCAGAUGGACUCUACUAUCCAGGAACUGUGGUAAAAUGUCCUGACACAAGGCAUGCAUUGGUGGAGUUUGAAGACAAAGAACAGGUGCUGACACCUACCAGACUAAUGAUAGCCACUAGUGGUGCCAUCGCCAGACCACAUCUCAGGAUUGGAGAUUGUGUUUUGGUGAGGGUCAUUAAUACAGACUCCAAACUUGAGUGCUACGCCCCAGGGAUUGUACAGGUUCUCCCUCAAGAUGAGACUGCUCAGGCCAAAUUCUACACAGUGAUGAUGUACAAUGGUCAACAGGCAACAGUCAUGAGAAAUUAUGUCAUGAAAAUCAGCAAGUCCAGAUUUGAGUUUGCAAUCCGCUACAUUGCAGAAAUUCAGAUGCAGAACCAAGGGAGCUUUGAUGACCAUGUAUAUGUAAAGACUCCCCGAUCAGCCAGACCCAGUGAUAAAGAAAAGAGGGGGAGAAGGGAGCAUAGAGAAAGAGAGAGAAAAGCGUCUCCCUCCCCAGAGGUUGAGAUUUCUGUGGUGGAUCAGACGGAGAGUGGCCCCCCUACUGAACAGAGUUCUGUGAUAAGUGAGAGACCAGCUAGUGCCCGACCCCCAGCCCCUACCCCUAACACAGCAAGGACCGGCAAAACAAUGUCUCCACUCCCAGAGGAGGAAGCCUCAAGAUCAAGAUCACCAACGCCAACACCAAGAGUAUCACGAUCAAAUUCUAGAUCUAGAAGCAGGUCAAGGUCAAGAUCUAGGUCAAAUUCUAGAAGUAGAUCAAGGUCACAUUCAUAUUCAGGAGAAAGAGAUAAAAGAUCUAGAUCCAAUUCAAGGUCAUCUAAAUCAAGGUCCAGGUCAAGGAGUAGUGAAAGUUCAAGGUCUCAAUCACCUAUCAAUCUAAAGACUAGGUCAGAAAGCAUGGAGAGAUUAAACAAGAAAAGCAAGAAACUUAAGCAACUCAAAAAGCAACUGAAAGAGCAACAAGAACAAUUUGAUAUUCAGCAACAGAAAAUACAAAAGCAAGCAAAAAAAUUGAAGAAGAUGAAGAAGAAACUUAAGAAGAAGAAGAAGUAUGAGAAGUCGGUUAAAUCUGGUAGUCGUUCUGCUGUAAUAGAGGUAGAGGAUUCUGAGGACUCAGACGACAGUAAAGUCAAGGCCAGGCCAGAUUCUCCAUCCUCAGUUCAGGGUCAGGAGGUGACCUCUGGCCUCCUGAGGUUGAGGAAAUCACUACCGUGUCUGAGGGAGGGGGAAGAGGUGAUGGCUCGCUGGUCUGAUGAGGGCUGGUACUUUAGAGGUGUUGUUAAACAGGAUUGCAAUGACUUCAGUUACAUAAUUGAAGACAGCACAAGAAUGUGUGAGAGAAUAUGGAGAGAGGAUAUAAUCACUGAUUAUGAUGAUGCCAAUCAAGUCAUUCAGCCAAAAGAUCCAGUCGUGGCCCUCCACCCUCAUUACAGCUUCAGUUACGCACCAGGAAUUGUGUUGGAGGUUUAUCAGAACUUGCAAAUGAAAGUCCGAUUCUAUGACGGAGAAGAAGACAAACUUCCAAGGGAGGAAAUUUAUAAACUGACAGCAGAAAAGUUCGAGCAUGAUGUGAAUUACAUUGUUCAGUGUGAGACUCGAUGGGUGGGGCAAGCUGUGGUUGCUAGGGACGACAGAAUGGGAAGCUACCACUUAGCUUCUGUGAAGGAUAGAGUAGGUAAUGGCAGGGAAUAUGUAUUGGAAUGGUGUGAUGGGGAGCAGGCCACACAGACCUCCCAUCAUAUAUUUGGAGUUUUCACCAAGCAUCACCCCCUGUCUGUGGGGGACCAUGUUCUAGCCAUGUGGGACAGUCACCAACAUGUGUACCUCCCAGGCUGGGUGGCAGGAAUCAUAGGGGAGAAAAUUAACAUCAAAUUCUGUGAUGGAACAAUACGUGAUGUAGAGGAUAUUUUACAGUGUUUCUGGUUAAGCAGUGACUAUUAUGAGAACGCAGUUCUGUUCUACAACAAGUGCCAAACUCAGACAGAAGAAUCCGCGUAACGUUAGUAGACUGAUCGUUGUAUAUCAAGGAAACUGCUGUUGUUCAGGGAUUGUUACAGUAGUUUAAAUAAUACAUGUGUAUGCAUUUUUGGAAAUAUUGUAGAUGAAAUCUGAAAUAUUUUUAAAGUACUUCCUAUUUAUAUUAGAUGACAGUUAUGUAAUGCAGUGUAUAUGUGCUAUACUUACUUAUUUAGCUGUACAACGGUAUUUACUGUAAGUUCGUCAGUGUUCCUCAGUAUUCUGUAUUAUUGAGGUGCUUGAAUGAUUUUAUUUGGGUCUGAUGAAGAAAAUGAUAAAAAGGUCACAAUUACAUGUAGUAUAGCCUUUGUAUGUUACGCAUAUUUUUUUACCGGGUA